AUGAUGAACGAGCAGCUUGUAGGUAUUCUCGCAGAAUCAAUACAGCCGUCCCCAAACAAAGAGCGAACGGGCUGUGAAGGUGAAGCCGGCACAGGUGGAGACACACGGGGUGAGGCGUGUAAUGACCUGUGCGGUGGAUGAAUGCAUGAGUGAAUAUCUAAAGCAGCUGUGCUCCCUCUCUGCAGAGCUCAAAGGGCUGUUAAGAUCCACUUUAUUCGGAGAAAGUCUCAGGUUUGCAGGGUGACUGGCUCGGAGGGCACAGCCACUCUGGUCUAAAUGCUGCUUUAGUAAAAACACUCGUCUGGAGCGGCGCUCUGACGCGUCAUUAGAGUAGCAGCGGCUUUGAAAGGUGGAUUUUACAUCUCCAAACAUAUUCUUAAAAUGUCACAGCUGUAGAGUCGGGCGGCUCUGAUUCUUUAAAAGCUCCGGUCUAAAUGUUACUGUACUUAAAGCUCAGACAUGUGGGAGUGUUUUGACUAUUACUGCAUUCAUUAGAAUACAUUAGAAGUGAACAGGACAGUGCGAUACAUUCAGAACCUGCAGAGAGCAAAUAUCACAGACCUACUCAGGGAGAGUUAACUCAAUUACUUUGAUUAAUUCAGGCGACUUUAUCCCACCAGGCAGCUUUUACAUAAAAGACAUGAACCAACAUUAAAUACAGACAACAGAUUAUGCAAAGGAGGUAAAACAUGAAACGGAUCUACAAUGAAUAUCAAACAGAGCCACCAUCCUUUCAAGUCUUAAUAAGAGGAUACGAAACAUCUGUAUCUUUGCUUUUUGAACCACGAAGAAGAAUUUUUGGAAAAUUCUGUUCUCUUAUUCGAGAAGAUAAAGAGUCCGACAGAUGGACUGUGAUUUAACAGAACAGUGAAUGAGACUAAAUUAACUUUACAAGUUUAAAGUGGAGACGAUCAGUGAUGAUAAAAUGAAGAACAGAAACUUAAAUUUUCGUUAAAAGGAGGUGGUGGGUCUUUGCUGAUUAUCUGUCAAAGCCGCACAUUUCUUCAGCCGAGUUUGUUCAAGAGACCAGUGUUCACUCUGGACUGAUUCUACUACGACCAGUAUGGAUUUUUGGGGGCCAAUACCGAUUAUUUGGGGGGGGGGGGGGAAUCUGAUCACCAAUUAAUCAGAUGAUUUUUUUAUUUUUUUUAUGAAGUUAUAAAAAAUAUAUAUAUAUACCAUUAGAUAUAUACAGUAUACAGUAUACUGUAUAUAUGUUCUGUAGGUUACUGCUCCUCAUACCGACAGGACCCCCCCGUGCGCCGAUCGGUGUCUCUGCGUCUUCACUCCCGUUCCUCAUUUCCGGUCCGGUCUCAUCUGGAGACAUGCAGCUGCCUCAGUCAGAGAAGUAUCUCGAUCACUAAUGUGUACUGUUGUUUAUUCUACCGUUACUGGCACAGUACCGAGACCAGCACAGCGGGGAACAUGGUGAAGUGUGUUGAACUGAAACUUGUUGACUUAUUGUGUAUUUGACAAACUGGUUUAUUUCCCGUUGAGGCGGACCACUCUCCUCCGUGCGUCCCUGAGCUGCUGCUUCAGAUCUGUCACUCUGCUGUGCUGUGAGGUAGUUAGUGGAUGAAGAUCGUCAUGAGGUCGCUGCAUGAAACCGAAUCUUAUUCUCCACAUUUUAUUUCUGAAAAUAUCGGCGAAAAUCAGCGAGUUUUGGCCGAUUACCGAUUAGUCUCAAACGGGCUAAAACUGCCCUAGAUUCUACAGCACAGGUACAAGGCAAUAAUUCGGUUUUCUCGAGUGUCAUGAAAACAUACGAGUGUCUGCAUAUCGAUUUGUUCGUCCCUCAUAAUUUCUCGACGCAAGGAAGAGAAAGACUUCAGGUUUUAGAGCUGCUGGAGCCACAUUUAUCCUUGCCGUGUUCGAUCAGAGGUACUGAGCAGAGUGAAAAUGAUAAUGAACAUUCAUGAGCUCUGAGGUUCCCACUUCCACGCACCCUCAGUCCCCUCUUUAUCGUGGGCUUCAUCCUGAGCUGGUGCAGCUGCAGUAAUCGACUAUUACAUGCAGCCUGGGUGGUGCUUCUGCAGGUGACUUGGAUCUGAACCUCACAAUUACGGACUUGAGUUCAGUGACUGCUCUGCUAUCUGGUAUCAGGAUUACAGACCCCACAUGAUGAAAACAGGUGGUGCUGGAAAAAGCUCCACAGCUGCAGAGGAGCUGCUCAUUCUGGACUUUGAUGAAUAAAACCUCCUUUCCCCUGUGGGACACCACCACCCCCCCCCCCAAACAGACCGUCUUAUUCAAGGUGUGACCCACAUUCCAGAUAAUAUGGUCUACCUCUCACGUGUCUGUUCUCUCCUCAGAAGAACAUGUUGGUCUGCAGAGAACAUCCUGGAAAGCAGAUCUGACUUUGAUAUCUCCUGUUAUCAGCUGUAUCCGUCAUACAGCUCUGCUCUCGCCUCAGUUGAUGUUAUGCAACAAGUGAGUGUGCAGCAGCAGCAGCAGCAGCAGCAAUAAAACAGCAUAUUUUCCUGCCUGUGUGAGUCAGCUCACAGUAACGGGGGUAUUUAAAAAAAAACGUUUGAAGCAGGAGACGGGAUCAUGGCUUCAGUUUGGAAAUAAACCAGGUUACAUUUCAGGGGGAGUUUGUCAAAUGAUACCAAUUACAAUAAUUUCAAAUAGUGUGAAUGUUUUCAUAACUCCUCAUUUAUUCAUUUGUAAUCAGUUAAUUUACUGUCUGUGAUAACGCCGUUAGCAGUGACCGCUGUUUUGGUAAAAAUGAUUUCUCAGGAGAAUCGUGAGGAAAUCUCUUCAGACAGGUGCAAACGUCCACCUGAGCUCGUUGGUGUUGUGAUGAGGUUUUAGAGACCACACCCUCUGAUGUAGAUUCAUCAGGAUCUGCCUUUAAUCUUCAAUCUUUUCCGGGAUCAUGGCGAGGAGAAGACUGCGAACCACGAGUGUCAGGAGCUCCUCAAGGCUCAAUGCUCUCGGCACAACACCGGCAGCACCAGCGACUCACUCCAUGUGCAGUAGGCGUGGUUUCCUCCUCUCUGAUUUUGACCGACGGAUGGCAGUGUAGUCUGAUUGGCAACUGAGUAAAGAAUAAUUGUGAUUGGUGGAUCGCGACACAGCACAUGCAGAGUCACAUGCAGCGUAUCUUAAUCAGCUACCUGUGAAAUUAGAUGAGUUCAUUGACCUCUGACAUCGCAGGCUCUGUGAUGUGACUAUCACGCACACAUACAUCGUGAUGACGAUGCUUAAACGAUAUAUUGAGCAGCCCUAUCCUGUCAUUUCUCAUACCACUGAGAAAUGAUGAGAACAUCAGUUCAGUGGAAACCAGAGUCCUGACGAUCGGAACUGGAAAUCGGUCAAACACGACUGUCGAGUAAACGAAGAUGGUGUUCUUUGGGAGCUGACCGUGCGUACUGCAGAAAAUCUUAAAUUGGAUUACAUGAAAAUGUCUUUAUCUACCACUACAAACAUCAGUCUCUGUGGUCAAAGCUAACCUGAGUCCAGUUUGUCACGUCGACGACCUCUUCAUCGACCUCUCUCUCUCUCUCUCUCUCUCUCUCUCUCUCUGUGUGUCGGCGCUCGCUCUCCGCCCACUCUCUCCACUCAUUCUCAGCUGUUUUUGUUUUUCUCCAUCGUGAACAUGUUUCCUCUCCCUCUUCACUCUUUUCCAUAAAAAAAACCUCCCCUCCCACUCCCCCCUGAGACUUCAUUUCCUCUCAGUUCGGAGCCUCCUCUUGUUUUUGUUGUGGUUUGUUUGUUGCGCUCCAUGUUCUUCCUCUUGUCAUUUAGGAGCUUUUAUCCACUCCACUCAUGUCUGCGCUUGUUGGCUUCAUUUGAUUUUUCUUGUGUGGGAUUUUUUUUUCUCUUUUGUUGUUUUGCUUGAAUAAGUUCUUUAAUCCUCUUUGUUGUCUUUAUCUCCGCUGUUUAACUGAAAAAUGUGAAUCACGCUCAGAGUUUUGUCUUCCUUUCAUGAUUUAUUAUUUUCUUGUCCUGUGCAGAAACAAAUAUUAGAAAUGUGUUUGUUGCUGCUUUUAUCCAGACAAAUAAAAAAAGAGACAAAACUGUUCGCUCUGAAGAAUCGCUGUCAGGAAGGACAAACAUCUGUAUCAUCUUCAGGACAUGGAGGACAUUUAUCUUCACCAAGUUUUAUGUUCUUUAGGUGUUUCCAAGAAUAUGUUGGCACUACCUGUGAGUUUCCGAUAUUGUAGUGUGUAGGGCUGGGCGAUAAAACGAUGACGAUAUAUAUCGAAAAUUAAUUUCCCUCAAUAUCGAUAUAAAACACGGUUAAUUUGCUCAACGGAUGACCACAUCGUCAACGACAACACUGGCGGAAACGUCGGUGGUGUGGAGGUAUUUUGGUGUUUUGAGGACAUGAAGCAGAGUAAUGUGGACUGUAAAUUAUGUCGAGUACAUGUUCUCACAAAGUCGGGGAAUACCUCAAAUCUCUUUCACCACCUGAAGCAGCGCCACGCCGCAGAGCACGCGCAACGCAAGAGGUUACAAACCCCGAGAGGAGCGAGGAGCCGAAACAGACGACCAUUCAGUCGGCUUUCUCUAGAGCGACGCCUUACGACAAAACGUCAAAGAGACACAAAGACCUCACAGAUGCAGGAGAUUAUUGUGUUGGAAAAGACAUGAGACCAAUAAACACUGUUAGAUUUAAUUUUUUAUACCGUGAUAUUUAUCGAUAUCGACUGAAAUGAUAAAAAUAUAUUGUGAUAAACUUCUUUCCAUAUCGCCCAGCCCUAAUAGUGUCCCAUUUUUUGAGUCUGAACACAAAGAAAGUGCAGAAGUAUUAAGCCAAAGCUGAAAACACUGAACUCAUGGAUGUAACGGCUCCAUAAUCUCCUUUAUUUUAAUUUCUUUUUUUUGGGCUUUAAAUCAGCGAGCAAAAGACACCUGUACCUCGGUUCUUGCAGAGCCCGUUAUGUCUUGUCUUUGUUUUUCCUUGACUCUGUUUAGUUUUAACCGCCUGGUGGAGGAUUCCUCCAGGUGAUUUUUCUCCUAAUCAGUGCCCACCUGUUUCUGAUGUUACACUCAUUAGAAGACAUCACGCUGUCUGAGUUUUGUCCAAGUUUUAUAAAGUCGAAUCAUUCAGGUCUCUUUUAGUUCAAUACCAAAUUUAAUUUGGAUCAUAUGAAGUCUGAUGACUUUAUGAGUAUUUGGAGUCUGCUGUAGAAACACAAGCAAGAUCAGGGUUUACUGGACCAAACUGGACCAGACUGGGCCAAACGGGACCACCGAGUCCCUUGAAAGUUUAGUCCUCAGGUGUUGAUGUUGAAUUCAAACCUCCUCAAACUCACAUUUGUCUUUUUGUCUCUGCAGAUCUCCACACAUCCUCAGCGCCGCGUUGACACGUUUAUUUCCGCGGACCGACCCGUCACCCUCGGCCUAACCGCAUCCAUCCAGAGACUGAGACGCUGCAGACGCGAGGACACCGAGGAGGAGGAGAAGAGGAUUCUGGGUGUUUGA